AUGACCAACCUCGCCUUGACCGGGCUUUUGGUCCUCCUUUGGACCGCAGAAGCCUCGUCAAAUCCGGGCAUCUUCGACGAUCGCAAUCGUUCACGCCCGCCUUCAAUUCGUGGGGCGGGGGGGGCGCCAGGCGGUCUGAAGACAUGGCAGAAAGAGGCCGAGCAAGUUCAGGAUGUCCAGAACCCUCCGUCUGCGCCUGCCCGUCGCUUGUCGCGAAGCCGGACCAGCGUGCCUCUCACCUCCACAUCUUCAUCAUCGCCAGACGAGGACUGCCCGCUGAGAGACGUCGUUGGGAGAUGCUCCUCCAGAAGGAAAGACUUCACGACAUUCGGGCACAUGAUGAGAGGCAGCAGGGACCUCACCCGCGAGGAGCGGUUGGCGGCGGGCAAAACGGUUGCCGACACCUUUACCGGAGCCACAACCAAUGUUCUCGCCGUUUCUGAUAGGCUAUCACCCUACAUGGGUCUGGUUGGUUUUGUCGCUGGCAUUGUGCUGGACGAGUUCAUGCCCGAUCCAGACUACGUGACCAGGGAUGACGUACUGGACAUGCUGGACGAUUUCGGAGAGGAGUUGAAGCAAGAGAUGAGGACGGAGAUGAAGGCUCUGGUCUCAGCUUCCAUUGACGCGAACUCGUUCCAAGAAGUCAAGAUCAGAGUCCGGAAGUUCAUCGCAGAUGUGAUCCUCCAGCAGGCUGGCAAUGCGCUUGAUGGCGAUGCUUUUGUUUCGUAUUGUUUGAACUUCGAGCCGGAACUCGCGUCAUUGGCACAGCUUCUGUUUCUGCCCUGCACAGAGCAUGGCUGGGGCUCCAUGGACUGCCACACCCGGCUCACAGCGGGUGCCCCGGUGAUCCUGAGCAACCUGGUGCCCAUCCACUUCGCUAUCCUGGAUGCAGUUCUGCAAGCAGCGAAAGACAAGCUCGUGCUGGCCAAGCAGCAGAUCUUGGACGACAACAUCGCUGCAUGGUCUGCUCUCGCGAAUUCUACCUUGGGAUACAACUUCCGUCGCAUAGGAUGUCCGAAUUCCCAACCUUCCGACACCGCCAAGGAGGACAUGAAGAGCAGGGCCAGUGAUGGGAACCCGCUCCUCUCCGUAAUGUCCGGCUAUUGUGAAGACACGGCCAGCCUCUAUGCAGAUUCCGCGACUGCUCCCACAGGCGAUGCCACGACAUGUGACGUGCAGAGUGGGGUUGGGCCCGGCUGGAAGCUCGUGCGACGAACCGUCGGCAGCUCCUUCCCGCAGACAGAUCAGUUGGAAGGGACAGUGACAGAAGGCACAGCAGGCGGUCCGCUGGGGCCAGCCUUCAGCAAAAGCUGGUCUUCUGACCCGCUGCUGAGCGACUUCGACGAGUUUCUGUUUGCGACCGGCGAUUGCAAGAAGUUUAUGAUUAUGGACAGGAACCAAGUGCUUGACACCUACUCCGGGGAAGAUCGGGAGAUUCUGAGAUCUCAUAGUUCAUGGACGCAGUACAAGGCCAAGAUGUACCGGCGUGUGGGCGAAACAGAGGACCCCUGGAUCACAUUCGAGGACCACUUCGACGAAAAUAAUGUCGGUGGAUGCACGAGCCUUUACGUUGGGGACUCCUACGUGCACCCGACCGCGUGCAAGCCCCUCCACUGGGAUCACAAGGGCUUGAACGUGUUUGUCCGAAAUCGCAGCCGGGCGGCGAGAGAGUGCUGCGGCGGAGGCAGGGCCUCGUGCCAGGUUCAAUGCAAGCCCGCGCCGAACAGCGAUAUCACCUUGGAGCUCUAUGACACCAUGAAGCGCAGGUAUGACAAGGCACUGGCCACUUACCGCAGUUUGUAUUACAAAAGUCGAGAUGCUUACCUCUCCCUGCGCAUCGAGAUGUUUGCUUGCAAUGACGAUGGCUGCUGGGACACAGGACGGCCCGGCGCCAGCGACAUUCCCGGCGACGUCGUGGAGGGCAAAAACGAGAUCUACAAGAACGCAAUGAGUCUCUUCGCUACCACGGAAGCGCUACUCUCCAGCCGACAGGGCUACCAUGCAACCCCGAAAGCCAAAGCAGAUGGCAGCUGGCAAGUGGAGAGGAAGUUCCCGUCUGAGUUCAAAUACGCUCGCGUCAUAGGAUUCAACAACGAAAGAGAUCGACGAGCGACGAAGCUCGGGAUUGAGAAGGAAAACGCGCCGGGAGAUUGGCAGACGAGCGAGGAGCCUCCGCGGGACCUAGGAAUCAAUGUGGCCUCUGCCGGAAGCCUUUCAACCGACUUUUCUGCACCAGCAUCCUGGACUUUUUCUCUCAGGCCUGCGGACAACGGCAUGGAGCUGCUGGUGAAAAACGCGUGGGAGGAAGCGGAGGACAACAAGGUCACGGUCAAAACCGUCUGCCCUUGGCGUUGCAGUCCAUUCACAAGCUGUCGUGCUGACUGUUCAGACCCCACGGUGACAUGCAAAUGCGUGGGCAUUUAUUCGUUCUUGGACUGCAGUGGCGCCACCCUAAAAGAGGACACGGAUGAUUGCACCUUCGAAAGUACUUACCACACUACCUUCGACAGCAUGCUUGUCGAGGUCCAGGAGAAGUCUUUUCAAGAACAGCGGAAUAUGUUGGACUGGCCAGCUUCAGGCAUUGAAAGCCAGGAUGGCCCCCUUAAGUAUUCUGGUGGCUGUGAAGUGCAGAGUGAUGGUCGCGACAGUGUCAUGAAGUGUUCCGGAGGGCAAAUCGGCGGCGAACUUAUCAACCCGUCAGAUGCGUUGAUGGGUUUGGCUCAUGGCCCCAGCCUUCGAGUUUGA